GCACUUCGCAGGGAAAACAAGACAGAUCCUUUAUCUUGGAUUUACUGCUCUGACUGAAAGAUUCCUGGAGGGCCGCUAAACAUGUGCAGGGUACUUGAAAAAGCAAACCACUUCAUGCUGGCUACAGUCUGGAUUAUAUGAAAAAGCCACAGGUUGGAAACAUUUGAGGAAAGAAUAGCAAAGGAAAAGACAGUAUCAACUGGCGCAUGGGAAGUUUCGCACAAGGAGAAAUGCAUCCCACUGCAACAGCAUCAAGAAGUUGGAGGCUCUGAUAGAGACAUGAUGUGCUGAAGUGGUUUGGAAGAGCUUUCCAGUUCAGCCCAGUACCCAGGACUUCAGGUCAGAAGAAAAACGUUCUCCCUUGGCAUGCCUGGCAGAGACAGUUCAUCAUGGACGUGGAGGAUUUUAAUCUUCAGCUCUCUGGUCCCCAGACUCUUUCAGCUUUUGACUUCAGAGGGUGAUUGGGAAAAGAAAGAUGAAGAUGCUGGACAAUAUACACAGUGGCAUUAUUCCUCCUUCAGAAUCUAGCCUAACCCAGAAAGGAAGAUACAUUUAUCUGGAGGCUCUGCUAAAAGGAGGAGCUCCAUGGGGAUUUACUUUGAAAGGCGGACUGGAGCAUGGGGAGCCAUUAAUCAUCUCCAAGAUUGAAGAAGGAGGGAAAGCAGAUUUAUUAAUCUCUAAACUGGAGCCUGGCGAUGAAGUGGUCAGCAUCAACGAGGUGGAGCUAAGCAGUUCCAGGCAGAAGGCCAUCUCCUUAGUGAAAGGUGCCUGCAAGACGCUCAGACUGGUUGUCCGCAGGGAUAUAUUUGCAGCAAAGAGAAGUACUGACAUUCAAGCUUCCCGUUCCCUCAGUUCAGAGUGUCUCAGAUCCGACUUGCAAUGCAGCAAAACAGCGUGGCUGGGUGGAGUUAAGCUACGGCUGAAGCACAGACGAAGCGACCCAGUGGCCCGACCACACUCCUGGCAUUCAGCCAAAUUCAUAGAGAACCAACACGAUCUCAGUAUGAUGCAAAUAUCUCAGGGCAUGAUUGGCACUCCUUGGCAUCAAGCCUACCAUUCCAGCUCCUCCGCAAGUGAUCUCUCCAGCUACGACCAUGGCUAUUUGAGAAGAAGCCCUGACCAGUACAGCUCCAGGGGGAGCAUGGAGAGUUUGGACCACACCCCUGCAGGGUACUCCCAUCACCCCUGCCACCUUUCACCAGCCAAAUCCACCAACAGCAUCGACCAGCUUGCCCAUCUCCACAGCAAGAGGGAUUCUGCGUACAGUUCUUUCUCCACCAGCUCCAGCAUCCCUGAAUAUCCACCACCUGUGUUCUGCAAGGAGCGGUCCUACUCCAUGGAGAAUGUGCAUUCCCGAGGCAGGCCACAGGAAGGGGGGAUGCGGCAGGCGGACAUCAGGUACAUUAAAACUGUCUACAAUGCCCAGCAAGGGGUUUCAGAGGAAUACGAGGUAAAGUCUUCUGCUCUUUUGACAAGCUCGGAGGCUCAGGCUAAAGGUUCUGGCUCCAGCAGGUUGCUGGGCUACAGCAAAGGCCCACCAACCCGGAGUUCAUCUGAUAGCGAGAGCCAGUAUGCAAGGGGGCCUCCCAUGCCGCCAACCCGCAGCGAUAGUUAUGCAGCAAUAAGGCACCAUGAGAGGCCCAGCUCCUGGUCUAGUCUUGAACACAGGAAGUCAUGUAGGACUCAUCCCAAAAACGCUUGGCCACACCUAGGCCAAGGCACUCCUCCUCCUCCUCCUCCUCCCCUUCCAGGGCAGCUCCAGAAACCUGUAUUCCUGGAAGGACAGCUUCACACUGUGAUGGAGAGAAGCCCAGAAAGCAGUCCCACAAUGAAGCCCAAGCAGGUCUACUCACAGGCAGCUCAACCCGGACAGCCUCUGCUUCCAACUGGGGUUUACCCUGUACCUUCUCCUGAGCCACACUUUGCCCAGGUUCCUCACCAUUCUGCAAGCAAUACUGGGAUGCUUUAUCCAGCGCUUGCCAAAGAGAGUGGGUACCCACCACCCCCUGCUUCUUAUCCGGCCUCCUUUGAAAAGGCUACAGCCUGCAGUCAACACUCUGGCUUGGAUGAGAAUGGAAACCAAAGCAUUCCGAACAAGGCUACCAUCUUCUACCAGCCUGAAUAUGCACCACUGACAGCAGGGAAAAAGAAGGAAGCGGGAGACCCAGCCGCAGAAUUUGUUUUGUACAGAACUCAUCCUCAAGCCUAUUCAGCCUCUCCAAGACAGGAUGAGUCAGGCCCCCUAUAUAUGGCAACACCCAUAACCCAAGAAAGCGCAAGAAAUGCACAGCACUUGAACCACAGCUCUCAGCUACGGCCAUCUCCUCUGAGAGAUGUGAGUGACUGCAAAGCCCACUGCCAGUCGAAGGAGUACAGGACAGGAGAGCACCAGGAAGACAGGAAUGCUAACCUGCAGAGAAGUGAGAGAGAUUCUACGCCGCAAAGCCACUGGAGCUCUGGUAAGGCCAAACAACAUGGCUUUUCCUCUUUGCAGAACAUCCCAGAGAGUACCAAGUUGCAAAAUAGCUUGGAUCUAAAGGAGCUGCCACAGUGUCAGAACUACUCUGGCACCAAAUGGCAUUUCAUAAAUAAUAACAGCCAAGCAGAGAAGGAUUGUCAAGGACAGAUCCCUGAGCACUGGCAGAACAAAGAGCGGCCAGCCUUGAGAGGACACCAGGAUGGCAUCGCCAGCACUAAGCGCAUUCAUGGUGCAGAACCAAAGUAUGAGGAGCCCUCUUCUCCAUUGCCCCCAAAGACAUUGGAUUUCAACAAUCGCCGGCUCAGUUCUAGCAGCACCCAAAGCUUCCAGAAUUCUCAGUAUGGGAAACCAGAAUCUAGAAAGCCCCGCUGUUCUGUCCUGGAGAAGGUCAGCAAGAUAGAGCAACGUGAACAAGGCAGCCAGAGACCUCAGAGUCUGAGUGCGAGCAGCUUUGGCCAGAAUUAUGGCUCAAACAAGCCCAACCUUAACAUAAUCGAGGACAUCCGAAAUAGGCACAACUCUCAAGAGCAUGGCCUGUUGCUGGGUGAACACUGCAGGUUGGCCAGCACAAGCAGCUCGGAAGCAAUCCCCUAUAUGCAACAUCCAAAUGAGAGAGGGGCUGGCAAACCAGAGAGGGCUAAUUGGCACUCUGUGGAGCAGCAGAGGGUAGCAACAACUGCCGCAGCAGCAAUGCCCAUGCAGCAGAGUAUCUGCCAUGGUGGGUCCUCUGAAAAUGAGCCCCAGAACCAGGUGGCGCAGCUGCAACGGAGCAGAAGUGCAUUCCAAUUGAUAGAGGAGCCGGAGAGGGAAGCCUUAUGGAAGGGUAAUGCCCAGGACCUGAAUGGAUCACAGCUGGACAUCCCCUUUAACAGGGCUUACAGGAACAGCAUUAAAGAUGCUCAGUCGAGAGUCUUGAGGGCCACAUCCUUCCGGCGCAAGGACCUCAACAUUAGCCCUUCAUUUGGAAAAGAGCCCAAAAGGAAUGUCCAGAGGCCAGCUUCAGCACACGUCGGGAUGAGGAGCUCAGCAGCAUCUCCACAUACCCCAAAGGAGAGACAUAGCAUCACGCCAACGGAGACCAGGCUCAAUUACACCAACAAAGAGAGCCUUCCUGGACCUCUACACAUACCCCGUAUUGGGGGCAGGAAGCGCCUGACUGCUGAGCAGAAAAAGAGGUCUUACUCUGAGCCCGAGAAAAUGAAUGAAGUGGGCAUGUCUGACAGUGAACUCUCGCCCUUCUCCCUCCAGAAGAAGCUCCUCAGUUUUGUUUUUCCAGAGAACACGGUGGCUGACCGGCGCAAGAUCUUUGAGAGGGAAAGCAAAGCUUGCUCCACCAUCAACCUUUCCAGGCCAGAACUCAAGCAGCUGCAGCAGAAUGCGUUGGCAGAUUACAUUGAGCGCAAAACUGGGAAGCGUCCUUCUUCUGCAUCGCAAGAAACCAGCUUCCUGCGGGAGGGCUCCCAAACCCCAUACCUGCAAUCAGGUGGUCAAGAAGACCAGUCCCUCUCAUCGGCUUCCAGCAUGACUUCUCUUCAGGACCAGAGCCUUUACCAUCGUAGAGAGUCCCUAGAGCGGGUCUCUAGAACAGGGCGUGGCUCUUCCACCCUUCCUCCUGGGCUUACUGGCUGCUUCGAUCUCAAUGGAUUUGAGAACAAGAAGGCCAACUUAAAUAACAGCAGCAAUAGCUCCUUUCCCAGUUGGCAUAAAACAGAUGGGCGGCAGAAUCACAGAGCCAACCCAGAGCUCACUAAAAGCACUCAGACAGAUCAGCUUGACAUAGGUGCCCAACCAUAUCAUGACAGCCGUGCCCUGGACAAGAAGCCAGCAUCCACCAAGAAGCCUGGGAAAUCGGCGUCUGCAGAGGACUUGCUUGACCGAUCAGACAACCAGGCAGUCACCUUGCAUGUGCGGUCCAGGUCAUCUCCCACCGCAGAUAAGAAAUGCCAGGACUUGCUGACAGGAGACCAUACUGAGCUCAGCCAUUUCGUGAAAGACCCUUUCUACGUGGUGGGUGCUGGUGCCAGAUCAUUUGGCAGUAAAGAAAGAAAUCUGAUGGAGAAGCCAGCAUUCACACACUAUUAUCCUCACCCUCGGCAUAGCAAUGAGCGGGUUAGUAGUUUGUCUGUACUGAAUGAGAGCCAGAAAGCCCCAGAUCUCUUAAGGCAUCUCAGCAGAACAUCAGCAUUUGCCCCGCCAUCAACAGAUCUCAAGGCUCAUCAUCACGAUUCUAAGCAAGGCACCAGACUCAUUACACCUUCCCAAUCUGGCUGGUCUUCAUCUAAUGCUGCUAACUCCACACUGGCUCCUUCAGAUUCUCAGGCUCCUGGAGAAGGCCUAGUAACAAGAUGGCAAUCCAGAUCUAACAGUAGUAAAAUUCAGGCCCAAGAUCUGGAUGGUGGCGACUGUCCACCCAAAGAGCCAACAGAAGAAACAAUUUGGAGAUGGAAGACCACAUUGCCUCAAAGAAAUCUCCCACCUAAAAUGAAAUGGGUUCAUUCGGUCAAAGAUGACAGCCUCCCAAAGAGCUCCAUGUCUCCACAAACAUCUGGGCAGAAGGUCUUUCAAAGGUGGCAGAGUCUUCCAUCUCAAGGCAGCUCUUCUUCUGAGCCAGAGACAACUCCUGGUCAAGGGAGACUCUCACUCCGCAUCUCGGAGUCCUACCUGCAGAUGACCCCUCCACCAUUCCAACGGGAAGAGGAUGACGACGAUGUUUUCUUCAAAGAGACGCAGCCUUGUACUGCAGAUGCUGCACCUGAGCAUUCACUUCCUCCAUUGCCACCUCCACUGAGCCCCAGCGCUGUUGAAAACACCAGAGAAGAAUUUCCACCUCCUCCUCCUGUUACGUUGGAAGUUGAUCAGCUGGCAGACAACAAGCUGACAAACCCUGGAGAGGAGGAAUCUGCAGCAAGAAACUUUAAGAGAUUUCCCAGGAGCUUCAGUGAGAGGGAGAAAGCAGCCCCGAACACCACCGUCACCAAGAGCAGCUGGGCUGCUCCACCUGCAGUUUCUGGGACCUCAGGAGCCAAAGCAAAUGGCUCCUCCCCUUCCUUGGAAUCACAGCAGACGCCGCCAACUAUGCAAGGGCCUGUUGAUGACUCACCUGCUAGUGAGCCCCGAGAGCCUGUCAUUGCAGGGAAGGAGUGUGAAGAUGGCAAGCCGGGCCCUGAGAGUUACACAGGGAAGAAGAAGACUCCAGAGGAUAUCAAGGAAGAGGCCUUAGCAAAGGAGAUCAUCCAUAAAGACAAGUCACUAGCUGACAUUCUAGAUCCAGACUGCAAGAUGAAGACUACUAUGGACUUGAUGGAAGGAAUAUUUCCUAGUGGGGCCAGAUUGCUUAAGGAGAACAUGAAGAGGAAAAUAAUGCAAAAAAGAGCCAUUUCUUCUGUUCCUGAUGACGGCAGGAGAGAAGAGAAAGAAGCUGCCACAACUUUGGUUCCAUGCCCGGCUUACUACAACGUGUCUGCACCCAAAGCCGAGCUCCUGAACAAAAUCAAAGAUUUGCCCGAGGAAGCAUGUGGGGAUGAAGAGCAGAGAGAUGUCAACGAGAAGAAAGCUGAACUUAUUGAGAGCUUGUCUCACAAGCUGGAGACUCUAAAAGAAGCCAAGGAGAGUCUGUUGGCAGAUAUCAAGCUCAACGCCGCCUUGGGAGAGGAAGUGGAAGCUUUGAUCAGUGACCUGUGCAAGCCCAAUGAGUUUGAGAAAUACAAGAUGUUUAUUGGAGACUUGGAUAAGGUGGUCAGCCUGCUGCUUUCGCUCUCAGGACGCCUGGCCCGGGUGGAGAAUGUUCUCAACAGCCUUGGUGAAGAUGCUGAUAAUCAAGAACGGAACUCCUUGAAUGAGAAGCGGAAGAUGCUGGCUGGCCAGCAUGAGGAUGCCCGUGAGCUGAAGGAGAACCUGGACCGGCGAGAGCGUGUGGUCUUGGACAUCUUGUGCAAUUACCUCUCAGAGGAGCAGCUUCAGGACUACCAGCAUUUUGUGAAGAUGAAGUCUGCGCUGCUCAUAGAGCAGCGUGAGCUGGACGACAAGAUCAAACUCGGGCAGGAGCAGCUCAAGUGCCUUUUGGAGAGCCUCCCCACAGACUUCACCCUUCAGAACAAAAAGGCCACAGAAUCCCCAUCACCCACAGGGACUGGUAACAACAGACUUCCAGCACCAGCGUCUUCACUCUGACCUUUCCCAGAGGGGUCCCUUCUUCUUGACUUUAUUUAAUCAAGAGACAUCUUUUAACCUUUUAAAUUGAUUGUGGGUUUAAUUUUUUUUUAAAAAAACCAAUUAACAUAGGGGAAAUCAGCAGCAUGAAAGCUCUCUUUUCCUUUCCCCUGAGAUCACAAGUUAAGCCUGUCUGGAUCACUUGAGAAAAGAAUCUUUGCGGCUACAAGAAAUGCCGAGGAGGCAAUGUGAUCUGUGAGUGGACUGGCUCAUUAUGGACAAACUUGGGCUGUUCCUGCUAAAGGCAUCUUGGGCCCCUCCGAGCGCCGGCAGUCAUUAAAUAAUGAAGGAUAUACAAAAAUGAAGCCUUAAUUAAAAUAUGAAUGAGACCUGCUGUCCUGAACAAUAUUGGUAUUUAUAUUUUUUAAAACUGCAAGACAGGAUUCUGUAAAGAUUUUGUACAUAAGCUAACCAAUUAUUUGAUUCUACUUCAGUAUGUACGUAGAAAAAAUUGUUUUAAAAAAAUUUUUUUUACUCAACAGAAGAAAUGAAAAGAGGAGACCCACCCCAGCCCCCAAAGAUAGCCACACACCAUAGCUUGGAGCAGCUAUAGAUGCCCAAUGAAGUACUAGGAGGGAAAACUUCAUGCCCCUAUCUAGGGAUGCUUGCGCACACAAAGAUGUUGCAUGCAACUCAUGCUUUGUGUACCUCAGCCCUAACAUCUGCAUCAGGAGACAGAUGGGGAAGCACACCCUCAUUUUUCCUGGGUGGGGAAAAGAAUUCCUGUCACGGUGCUAUGGAUCAUGUUCACACGUGCACAACCAUGCACGUUCUAUUCCAUUGGAUCUGCUCCCUCAACCUUGCGGGUCACUACCCAUGCACAGCGACAUUCAGUGACGCACAGGACAAAUCUCUGCCCUUCCUUUUCUGCACAGUGGGAUCCAGUGCAGGACUGUGGGCAUUGUUCCAUGCACAUGAUGGCCCUACCUCUGUGCAACAUGCCGUCACUGGAUCAGGGCAUUUAUCUCUUUCAGUACCCGCUGAAUGUACCAGUAAGUGACCUUCCCAAGAAAACUUUGCACAGCAAAUACCUUCUUCCAGAUCUGAGAUGUGAAGCAACCACUGUUUGAGCAAGCACUUGUGUGAACCGAACAACUCAGGAGUCCAAACAGAACUGCAGCAAAGAGAUUUCCCCUUCUCUCUCUCUGAAGCUCACUGACAAUAUGGAAACAAAUUUUUUUUAAUGGAAAACUGAAAUCGCAUGCAGCCUGAAACAAAGUUGAAUGACUUUUUGAGGUGGUUCUUUGAAUGCUCUUAUUUAUAGAUUUAUUCUUUCAAUUUUCCCUGCAGGGGCUAUACACCUUCACCUUGGUUCAUC